UGGCCCUUGCAGGCUUCUUCUGCCCAUGACCACAUCCGUCUCAUGAUUGAUCCAUUGCUACAAGCUCGAGAUUUGAACUUUUUGACACUUCGAUCCAACAACCAUCUUCACGUCCACCACCGCCAAUCGCGCCGAGAACCCUGUUCCGGGCCGCACCGAAUACGCUUCACACACAAUCCAACCGCUGCGAAUCCAAAUGCCUCCUCGGAAGCGCGCUCGUGGGAGCCAGGCCGCUGCCACGCCAACUCCGGUUCGCGACGACGAUGCCAUGGACGUCGAUACUCCCCCGGCCGGUGACAACGCCGAUGACGCCGGCGAGACAAAAGAACCUGAGAACAACUUCAACGAGCUAUGGACCGAUGACCAGGUCGCCUCGCUCUUCAAGGGCGUCAUUCGAUGGAAACCAGCAGGCAUGCAUAGACAUUUCCGAAUGAUUGCGAUCUCAGAACACCUUCGAAAUCACGGCUUCGAUCCCGACCUGUACCCGCACACGCGCAUUCCCUACAUCUGGCAGAAGUUGCGCACGUACUACAACCUCGAAGUCAUCGACGAACGGGAGAACUUUGACGAAGACGAAACCGAAGACAGGUAUGUCGAAUUUUCGCUGCCCAGGGAUCAGUUCCUGGAGUCCAUGAUGCAGCGCGCCAUCGCGGACCCGAGCGAGGCUCCUUCGUCUCCCCCGCAGCUCGAGCUGUCGCCAGCACCUUCGCCCCCCAAGAAACGCAAGCGAGGUGACACGGUUUCCAAGACAAGGGGCACCUCGGUUGAGGAUACAGAGGAGGGCACGGAUGCGCAAUCGCCAGCUACAAAGGGCAAGAGAAGCUCAAGUCGACGGAAGCGCGCAGCCAGUCAAGCCAAGACUGAGAAGCAGGAGAAACAAGACAAACAGGAUAAGGUCGAGAAGCAAGAAAAACAGGAGAAGGCUGAGAAGCAGGAAAAACUAGAAAAGCAGGAGAAGCAAGACAAGUUGGAAAAGCAAGAGAAACAGGAGAAGGCCGAGAAGCAGGAGAAGGCUGAGACGACCGAGGAGGAAGACGAAGAGGGAGAGGAAGAAGAAGAGGAAGCGGGCGACGGGGAUGAGAGUGGAUCGAGUGACGAGGAAGAGGGAAGUGCUGAGGAGAGUGGUACUCCUGUGUCAAGGACGACGAGGGGUGCGAAUGCGAAUGCUAAUAAAAGCCGGGGUGCGGCGACGGCGACGGCGGCGAGAACGCGGGCAAGAGGGAGGAGAACUAGACGGUGAAAAAUGACACGGAGCCAUGAUGACUGCAUUGCAGUAUCGGGCUUACAGCUUAGAUACCCCAAAAUUACUAUUAUUCUAAUCAACCAGACCUCUUCAAGA